UGCACCCUUUCGCUCGCACAAAUUAGGCCUACAGCUUGUGUUUCGUAUGCGUCUCAGCGAAUUUCAUGGCUGUACGGCAUUAAUUUUUCCUUGGAGCAAUCGAACUACGUAAUACCAUGAUACGGACGCCUUGUUGAUUGUGGAUAAUUAGAAACUGUCUUCACAAAACUGCAAAAAAUGUUCAUAACAGUCAAGAUACUUCAGGGCCAGGAGUGCACAAUAGAGGUGUCUGCUAGCUCAUCAAUUAGUGCGGUGAAGGAACUCGUCGCUGAGCAGUUACAAAUUCCGGUGGAUCAACAGCGAUUAGUGUUCCGCGGGAAAACCUUAUCAGAUGGCCUCUCGCUGGGCGACUACAAUAUAGUCGAGGGCAACAAGCUGCACCUAUUUGUGAGGAAAGCCUCGGAGAAUACCCCAAGCAAUCAUUGGAGCGAGAUGCACAGGUUCCUGCUCGAACAUUUCUCUGCCGCGGAUGCGGACAGGGUGCUCGAGGAGUACAAAAAGGCGUUUGCAGAAUCAGUGGCCAGCCUAAGCCUGGACGACAUUGAGCGUCUCGCAACGUCCAACUUCGAGGGCACCAGCAGUGCCGAAUCCCCUCCAGAACGGGCGCCGCCCCCAGGGAAGGGGCGUGACCCAUCCACACCCGUGAGCGUCUUGUUGGUCGACAGGGACGAAAACCACUGAAGCUCCCUCGUCCCCCCCAACUCUUCCCCGUGGAAUGCAUAUACAGCCUUGCAGUUCUUUUGCUGCAUUCUUUUUCUCUCUCCCCCCCUCUCUCUCUGUUUCUCUGCGUGGACUGCUGGACGAGACUUUGUGCACCCCCGAAAGGGACUGAACUCCGGGUGCUCGGAACACGCUGGUGCGGACCUUCAAGCUUGUGUUUGGAGCAUGUAUAUUCUUUUUUUAAGCGACGAGGGGGAGGACACGAUAUUGACGGCCAGGUUUGCUUCGAAUACGAGAUACGAGUUUGACCGCCCCCCCCUCCUUCAAAUCGCGUCGAUGUUCUAGAACGUAGGUUUGUGGCACUUGUAAGCGAGAUCGUGUAAAUAAAUAACUGUGUGUGACUAAUACGCGUCACGGAUGUCGAGGGUUUCCUAUCGUGUAGAAGCUAUGUCGUUAACCGGCGAGGCUGAAGUUUUUCUCUGUUUUUUUUAUCUUUCUUUUUUUUUUGUUACGAGUGUCUUCUCUUUUGUUGUACGCAAAUUUUACCUCUCUCACGACUUGACGUGAAGAAAUAAAUAAGACAAAAGUGGAA